UCUCAAGUGCCCCUCACGUUCCUAACCUAGUAUAUACGAACAACACGAGAAAAAUGAUGUAACGUAACCUCAGAAACGUGUUGUCCACAUUUCGGGGCAGUUUGCCGUAUUGUUCUCCUUAAAAAUAAUAGAAAAACUUGAAAAGAAAUUUAAAGGACUUACUAAAAGUGGAUAAUUAGUCAUUAACGUGAGGGAAAAAUAAGAAAGGGCUAGAGAUAAUUGUAACAAGUCACGGAUCAGUCAACCAGUCAUCGAAGAUGUCAAAGUUGAAGGGAAAUUUGGGUGAUCAGAAAAUAGGAAAACAAGAGGUUCUCCAGGCUUUAGUCCUUGCCGAUGACUUCGGCACGAGUCUGACUCCAAUGCAGAAUGUGUACCCGAGUAUUCUGACGCCAGUAGCGAACGCCCACCUCCUGGAUUACCUCAUCGAGACUCUAAUUCAAUCUGGAGUGCAGGAGAUUUUCCUGUACUGCAGCAAUUUCAUCGAUCACCUCAGAAAUUACGUCUCGAGUAAGAAUUACACGGACAUAUCAGUAUCACUGAUAAUCUCCGAUGGCUGCAGAUCCCUCGGUGAUGGCCUCAGGGACAUUGAUACAAAGGGAAUAAUCAGGGGUGAUUUCAUUCUCGUUCGUGGUGAUGCGUUCAUCAGGGCUGAUCUGACAAGUUUGAUGGAUGUACACAGAGCUAGGAGAGAGAAGGAUAAGGGCUGUGCUAUAAGCCUCGUCCUCAGGGACCUGGGCUCCACCAAUGAGUCACUUUUAUUCAAGGAAAUUUGUCUCUUUGCUGCUGAUAAACAGAAGAAGAGAGUUUUGUUUUAUAAGAAGCCACAAGUGGAAGAGAAGAAGAUUAAAUUUGAGCUCGAGUGGUUCUUGGAGCAUGAACAGAUUGAAAUCAAUUCUGGAUUUGUGGAUAGCCAUGUUUACAUGUGCUCAGCCUCUGUUCUACCACUUUUUUCCGAUAAUUUUGAUUUUCAGACAAUGGAAGACUUUAUCCGAGGCGUCCUCAUGAACGAAGAAAUUCUGGACUCUCGAAUCUACUGGCAGGCCUUGAAACCCCACGAGUAUGCCCUCCCCGUCACCUCCUGGUUAGCUUACCACACAUUAUCCCGAGAUAUUCUCCAGCGUCAGGCUUACCCCUUGGCCCCCGAAGUGCUUCCACCACUUCGAGGAAUAGUCUACUCUUCCAGAAGCACCUACAAACACAGAUCAGCAACCCUCGCACGAGGCUGCAUCCUCCAGAAAGAUACAAUCGUAGGAAAGAACAGUAUCCUCGGUAGAAAUACAAAAAUCUCACGAUCUGUGAUAGGAGACAGCUGUAAAAUUGGUGACAACGUUGAAAUUGAGAACUCGUACCUCCUAGGAGCUGUGACAGUUGAAGACGACUGUAAAAUUAAGGACAGCGUUCUGUUUUCAGAGAGUUACCUUCAUAAAAACGUCGACCUGGAUGGAUGCAUAGUCUCCAGAAGGGUAAAACUUCCCCCCGAAACAUCCUACUCCGAUGUAAUAAUCCAAAAUAACAACGGUAAGGUUGACUCAAAGAAAAUGUCAGAGAGAAAUGAAGAGGACGAAAAAUUUAUCUAUUUCAAAAAAAGUCUGUUAAAGAAUAGUGAGGACCACUCAGACUCUGAGGACUCUAGCAGUGAAAAUGACUCAAGGGCAGAGUCUCCUUUACCAGAUGAUACCCACAUGUUCCUCUCUGAGGUGAUCGAUAGCCUUCUGAGAGGAUAUCAGGACAAAUUGAAUUGUGAAAAUCUAAUUUUGGAAAUUAACUCCUCAAGGUAUGCCUACAAUGUCAGUAUACGGGAAGUCACGUACAACGUUGUCAAAGCUAUUCUGAUGCUACCACUGUAUUAUCUCAGUGAGACCAAAACCACUUCGAAUAAUGCAAAUUAUCAGAAAACACUCAAAGUCAUGAUUGGUUAUUUCAAUGCUAUUCUAUUGAACUAUAUCAAGACCGAGGAUGCUCAGGAGGAUUGUCUCAGAGCAAUUGAGGAUGUGGCAGGCAGUACCGAUGAGUUUCUGGCGUUUGCCCAACAUCUCCUGCAUCUUUUUUAUGACAAGGAUAUUCUGAGUGAGGAGAAAAUCUUGGAUUGGUAUCGUCAGGAGGCUGACGAUGGAGAUGAAGCGAUUAAUACUAAGGUCAGAUCUAUUGUGCAACCUUUUAUAAAGUGGCUCGAAGAAGCUGAAGAGGAUUCGUCAUCUAAUGAUGAGGAUUGAAUAAAUACAGCUUAAUUUUUUUUUGUUGAAUAUUGGAUGACGUGGGUUACUCGUGAAAGCCAAUGUCCUCAGCUAGUUCGUGACUGCAGUGAUGGCGAUGAUCUGGAAACUUGAUUGCAUCGAUCCAGUGGCGGAGUCUCGCGCCUUUACUGUUGCAACUUAGAACGAGCCCACCUAGAACAAUUAGUUUUGCUGAUUAAUAUGUU